GUGCAAGUCAGGCGCCGGACACGAAAGCGGAUUCCCUUUCUGGCCACAGGGGGCCAGGGAGAGUACACCACCUACAUCUGCCUUUCGGGGAAAUUGCUGAGCAGACAAAGAGCAGGCAGUGAAUCUGCUCCUCGGGUAACAAGAGAGCAGGAAUGGUUUGUAUUAUGAUUCGCAGUUGGGUUACACGGGCCAGUAAGACCUCACAAUAGUGGCUUUGAUUUCGGAAUUGUGUUAAUUUGGAAAUACUGUAUCCAAAGAGGCAAUGCCUUAGCCUGGAUAAUAUGAAAUAUUGUAAUUCAAAGAAAAAUAAGACGACUGCAUUGGUGUCUUUUUUUGUGACAAAGCAGUCCAGUUGACAGAAACAAAUCAUGCUGUCACACAAUUCAAAAUGUUCACAUUGUAAACGUUCUCAAUUUUCGACAUGAAUAAACAGACUCGUACAAAUACUGUACGAUACGUGAGCAAUGUAAUGUGUCUGUUAUAUGUGUAUAUUGUGUAUGUAUGUAUGUUGAACUUCUUUCGCACCGUACGUAGCCAACCUUGCCAAUCGGAGGUGCGAAACAUAAUACCGUACAGCCUUUAUUCAAUCCUCUGCCAGAUGAAGGCCUCGCCACGUCCUGCUUGUUUGGUCAUACUUCACCAGCCUGGUCAAUGCAGGUUCGUGCAGAGGAGGGCCCAGUGCUAGCUUCAGACGUCACUACUUACUUUUCAUGUCCGUCCACCAACACUAAAUGUCAUUCCAGCGCUUGCAGGUCGCCUGCUGCGAGAUAUUGCGCAGUGCGGGGGCACUUCCUCGGUGGGUCGGCAGAGCAAGACGGGCUGCCAUGCGCAACACGAGCUUGUCACCGAAUGGGCCGCCACGGUGGCGAGCUGUUAACGACCUCGCCCGUCACCAACAAGAAGCCGUUGCAGGGCUACAUCACAAAGGUGAAGCGAUUCGAGGGGGUCUCCUCCUUCGUGCGCCGCUCCCAGUGGACGCUCGAUCAGCUGCGACAGGUCAACGGCGUGGACGGCAUCCGGGACUGCCCAGAGUUUGACCUUCUCUUUGACAACGCACACGACCAGUGGGUGGCCGGGACUGCAGCUGAAAAGGGCUCCUUCCUGCAGUCCUUACACCACACAUGCCAGCGGCAUUUGGCUCAGAGACUGCAACCAGAUUUCCUCAACUGCCCUUCCCGGAUCCUCGUCGGGAACAGCAUCUUGUGCACGGCGGCGGACAGCGUGACGAGCGCCGUGCAGAAGGCCAGCCAGGCCCUCAAUGAGCGCGGAGAGCGGCUCGGUCGAGCAGAGGACAAAACCGCCGAUAUGGCCAAUAGCGCCAAUCAGUUCGCCGAGACUGCACAAAAGCUCGUGACGAAGUACAAGUGCUGAUGGGGACCCUGCCCUCCUGUCCUCACAAGGGAACCACCGGCGCACCCCCUCCACAUCUGUUUGUGCUGCCCGUGUGUUUUUGGGAAAGUGACGUGCCAUUGUGAGACACGUCUGCACUCUUUAUCUGGUAAAAUAUGUAUCGUGUUAUCUCACCUUUUCUGCACAGAACAAUCCACAAAUGCCAAGGAUAAGUAAAGGCAAUGCGUUGUUCAUUUGAAAGUUAAUGUGUGGUUUGAAUGAAGAGUAAAUACAACUGGAAGAUGGAAAUCACAAGUUUAUUUUAAAUGCUUUAGUGGUUUAGGAUUAUGAUCAACAGCAAUAUUAUUCCUUUCGUGCUUGCAGAAGGUGUAACAAAGUAGCAUCUCAGCUUUUGCCCAAACCUUGAACCAAUGUUUGUUCAAGUAUUAACUGGACAUCACGAGAUUAAUUUCCAGCAUGAGCCGCGCUCGUGGUUUAAGCCAAACACAUUGAUAUUUAAAAAAAAAACGCAAACCUAUUGUUUUCUCUGCGUGCGUAUGCCCAACUUUGUGGACGCCACAGUUAUGUAUGGUGUCUAAACAUGUGCGGCAGAUAGUUUACCUUGAUUCCAGUAUUAUCGUGUUUGUUCAUUCAUCUGCAUCGGAAAAUGGUCUAGAAUCUAAACAUUCCCUAUUGAAAAUAGGAUAUAUUUCUUUCAUAGUUUUUUCCUGCAGAUUUAUUUUUUGCUUUUUGUUAACAGAAGAAUAUUGGGAUAUGAACACUGGAUUGAAAAAAAAAACAUUUGUUAUCUGGUGGAACAAUAUUUUUUUAUUUAAAAUAUACAGUUCCGUUCUUUAUAUGUUAAAUUUGUAUUUAAUGAAGACAUUUGCAAUUGCUAUAGGCGUUAGAUAUGGCUUUACUGCUUAUCAGCAACAUUGUAUAUUGUCUACUUGGAGUGUACCUUUGGUUCGGAAUUGCAUCAACCCAAUUGUUGCAGUAAAAUCGAGAAACGUUUUGGGGACAUAAUCAACUAAGGUUGAAUGUGAACAUGACUCGAUCAUCAUUUUUACAUCCUAAGGGGCUUAUCGGGUGCCUAUAUUUAGGAUCCGAUUACGAAGGAUUAACAAUGUCUGUAGGAAUAGAAUCGAUAGGCUGCCAGAGUCGAGAUGUGUUUCGCAAACCUAAUCUGUUUACCGUUUCACUGUAGUAUAUGAAGCUGGCGUGCUGAUCUGUAAGCCAGUGCUAUUGGAAGAAUUGGCAGAUCGCGUGGAGAUUUGUGCAGUGAGACUGCCCAAUCCGCUAGGCUGUUUGCUAGCCAGGAUAAAGCGGUGUUCUGGUGGGUUUAUGGACCUGUCUGUGUGGACCUUUCAAUUCUGGUUUCCUUCCACAAGCGUACACAGUCAUGAAUGGAAUUGUUCAAAUGUCCUCAAGGCAGGACCUCCCCUGAAAAAAAUAGCUUUGAUACUUAGAAAGGCUUUCCUGGGAAAAUAGUUCACUCUUUAGUAUUUCAAUAACAGCAACAAAAGUAGCUUAACACUGUUGAGUGUUGUUAUUAAAGUCUAAAGGUAUUGCGUUAUAUAUUCUUACGCAAUAAUUAAAGUGAUCUCAAUUUACCAGGAUUGGUGAUUGUUGGUUGAAUUGGAUUGGGGUCAAAUUGUUACCCCAAUCUUAACGACGUCAUCAGGUCCAAUUGGGCUCAGACUGUGCACCCCCUAGUAGUCACAAUAUUUAAAAAAAAACCCAUCAAAGUUAUUACGUGACAUAGAAGCAAAGAGUCACUGCGGUAUUUUAUACUUGGUUCUUUGGAGUAUUUUAAACUUUUUAAAAUUAGUAUUACUAAAUAGAGCAGUAUUACACUUUAUUUUGGAUAAUGUCUGGAAUAUGUAUUGGAAUGUGUACAGCUUAAUGUCAUAGUAAAUAGUCCAUAAAUUACUGAAACAUCUUCAUCAGGGGGUUGAGAUGGGCGAUUGAGUUGGGCUCUUGAAGGGUAUAGCGCAGGUACCAGUAGCAAUGCGACAUCAUGUCAUUGGUAUUCACUGUUAAUUAUAGCACAGCUCCAGGGCAUUUCCAGGGCAGUGGCAUUUGUAAUUGUAAUUGAGGUGAUUAACGUGUGGCUGGCAAUCGUGUGAGGGAUGCUCCGAGUAGCACGGUUGGCUACAUAGGAUACAGACGAGAUCUUUGUUGUCAACUAAAACUGAAUAAAAGCCCCGAACACGGUCCGAUCCUGAUUUAUUCCCUUUGCAAUAUUUUGGUUACCAGUUCUUCUUCUUAUGGCGCCCCAGUUUACACAAUGGUGCAAGUUCCUUCAACAUCCUCCGCCACUUGCCUCUGUCCACCCAACUCGUAUGCACGGUUAAACCAUAAUUAGUCGAUUGACAGACAGAUCGUCGUGGGUGCUGGGAUAAGUUGUGAGUACUCCCCAUGACAUCUCCACACCUCCGAUUAGCACGGUUGGCUACCUGCGGCGCGAAAGGAGUUCGCCACACAAACAUCUAACUGGCGUGGAAGAGUAUGCCUAAACACCCUCGAGAAGGGCUAUCUACUGCUAACGUGGAGGCACUUCUGCCAGCAGUGUCGUGAGCAAGUAAUUGCAGGGUUGCACCUUUAGGUAAAAAAAAUGUUGCGCACACCCUGCUGUGUUUGCUUCGUGUGGUGGGCUUGCAAAUAUAUAUUCUGCGUACACAUUUGCUGCAGUAUAUUAUUGUUGCUGUUGUGUGACUUGUAAGUAAAGAAAUAUACACUGCAGUAUUAUAUCGAUAGAAUGUCACAGCCCUAGAUCACACCAAAGGAAACGUAUAUCCUAUUUCAAAGUGAUUUUUUAAAAAAAUAUUCGUAUACCAUGUAUGGGUUGCCAUAUUGUAUUUGCUUUUAUUGUAAUAUAAUUAAACACAGUGCCUACUUAAUGUUACAUUCAUGUGUUCACGUUCAUGAGUCAUUUUAUAUAUGGAGUGUAAUGUAGGUUACAUCAAUUAUAAUUUCACAGUAGUUGGUGGUGGUGGUGGUGGUCGUCAUCGUGUUUGUAAAAUUUGGCAAAUGCAAGUUUGGUAUAAGGGCUAGUGUGCAUGGUUAAGAAAGACACGAGUAUUUUACAACCACACAUGUCUGGAAGGGGACAAUUUCUGCUUUAAACAAAAAGCUCCUAUUGUUAUUUGAUGGCACAAAGAAACGCGGCAAUGUUUUUCAUGAGUUAAUAUGCUGGUCCACAGAUGCAGCAACGCAUGCCAUGCCAUUGGUGUUUGGCAGUAUUGCAAGUAGGAUAAACAAAGGCUGUUUCAGAGAAUCUGACCACCGGAGUGGUGGCUCCGUUUUUGUGGUAAGUGGGAUAUUUUUUUUUCAAGUGGUGCAAAGAAGAUAACCAACAAUGUGUAUUAUAGUCAUGAAAAAGUGUUACAACAAAAGAUAUCUCUUAUUAAGACUUGUGUGCUGCUACAUAUUUACAAUAUUGGUCGAGCAUAUAUUUGAGAUAAAUGCUUUCUUUCAAAACUGAUGUAACAAAUAAUUAUAAUCUUUUGCUCUCUGGUUUUUCUUUCUGGACUUUUUUUCUCAAUAUGAGAAAACAUUUGAAAAGAACUGCACACGUGUAUAUUGUAACUCCUCAUUCACCGCGUCCAAUGACACUGGACUCACAACUGCAUUUGUGAUAUGUGAACGACACUUCCAUGUAUGUGUUGAUAACUUCUGCUUGCAUUUAAUGCCUUCUUCUUCUUAUGCCUCCUCUUGUGUACUCUCUCUCUCUCUCUCUAACCCUGUUGCUAUUUGAACUGGAAGGGCACGGCUUAAUUUCCUUAGUCGAUAUGUUCCAGAACGUUGCUUAGCUGGUUUGGAUUAUGGGUUUAAGGCCCUACUACUAGAAUAUAAUAAUAUUAUGUUAUUGUACCCUAUAGUCCUAUGCUACUAUGAAUGGGUUUAGGACCAAAAAUAAAGGGACUUGGAUGUGUCGCGACAAAAAUGUUUCCUAGAACAGUGUUCUGGACUGUUCUGGAUGGAAAUUAAGCAUUGUAAGGUUUAUGGUUGUGAUAUCAGUUGGAAAAUACACUAUAUUUUGUGGGACUUCAUAUGGUGCACUAUUUCAUUGAUUAUCGCUCAAGGAUUUUGGAGAGUUGAGUGGAGAACGGUGGAGGUAUCAACAUAAUGGAAGCAAUCCCAGGAAGCUGAACCGCAUAGGAGAGGGAUGAACGCAUUUUUAUAUAUUCAUGUAUAAAAUCAAGAAUCAAACAAGUUUUGGGCGAUUAUCGUACCAAAUGCUCUGUGUGCUGUUUGUGCAUUUGCUCAGGUUUUUUGUGCAAUAUACCAUUGAACAUUAAUUGCUUGUUGUUUAUUUUAAUCUCAUUCAAGCGAGUGUUCGUAUUACAAUGCACAUCAAGGGUGGGAGAACAUCACAAGGGCUACAGCAAUGUUGACCACUGAGGGGGGCAGCACUUUUACUGUAGCCUCGUGUGCACAAUGUUCAUGCCUUGGAACUGGACUGAAAGAAGCCGUGUUAAUGAAGAAGUCUCGUUGAGCUCAGCAUUUGGGGCCCUGAAAUGUUAUUGAUUGAACCAAGUAAUGCAUCACUCCGUUGAUUAUGCUAAUAUUUAUCAUGUUGACAUAGCAACAUGGAUACCCGUAAUGCAAUGCGCCAGCAACAUUUUAUAAUGCUUAUUUUAAUUAAAAAAAUAAUUUACGCAGUAAUACAUUUAUUCAUAUAGGGCUUGUUAUUCGAUAACCACUCAUAGGUAGUAAAAAAACUGGUCAUCAGCAAACAUUUUAAAAAUAUAUCAGGCCCUAUCAUGUAAAGUGCAGUUUCCAACUGUUAUCCACUGUCUCGCCUCUCUAUGUGCUAUGAAGAAGGGUCAUUGUCUGAAACGUUGCCUAUAAUAUAUGUUUUCCUUCAGCUCGCAGUGUUAUUGAUCAAUGUGUUGAGUUUAAUGUUCGUGGCAGUGUUGUGUGCCGUCUCCUCUCGUUGCCCAAGACACAACACGAUUAGAAUGCAGGUGGCAAUGUUUUUUAAAUUUUAAAGCAAUGCCAACGGGCCCUCACUUAAAACUGAUUGGCUUAUCAAGCUUUUUAAUGAUUAACUGCAAUUGCAUUUUGUAGGGAAAACAAUUGUUUAGUGAAUCUUUUGUAAUGUACUAUUUACAUUACAUACUGAAAGUUUUGCUGAGUGGUUAAUGUUUAUUAAAAUGUUAAUGAAUAAAAAGGACACCAAUAAAUGUG